GCUGGAAAACACAGUGUUGUGUAUUCUUGCAGAGGAGGGGACGUCACAGCCCGACCACAGACAGCAGAAGUAGGAAUAGGAUCAUACCAAGACAGGAGAGAGAAGUUCAAUCUGACACAUCAAAACAUACAACAUUACAGCAGAAGGACAAAGUUGAUCAUCGAAGCGACUCGUUAGGGAAUAUCUGACUAAUAAUAAAUAUUAUGUAUGCAUCGUGAUCAGUCGCUGCCAUAAAGGGUCCGGGCUGAAAACAAGGGACUGUUUAUGGUUUUCCGUUCAUCCCCCUCUCUUUCUCUCCAACAAAUCGGCGGAGGUUUUGCGCACAACCGGGAGGUGCCGCUGACUGACGGCAGGAGGGAAUGAAAGUUUGCCAGGCGGGCGGAAUAUUAUUCGACGUAAACACUUUUUGUUUUUGACACCAGGACUGCGCAUUUCAACCCUAUACACGUUGCAGAGACUUUUAGAAACUGUGGACAUUAACUGAACCGAGCACUGCCAUCGAAAUCCACACAGAAAUCCUGUUUAAGGCGUGUGCGUGGGUUGCGCCGUAACAUGACGGCUGUGGCGGAUUGACGCGGAUAUCACGAGCGCCGCUGUUUUGGAGCUCGGCUUCUGACUUAUCGCGAAGUUCUGCCUCUUUCUCUGCAUAUUUUACGAUUUCUACUGCUCGUGUAUUUAUUAAUCUACUGUUUUUGACAGAGGUAGGCUCGUCUUAAUUUACGCAGUGCUGCCAAAAUGAGUGUAGAGACGGAGCGCAGUGUGGCACAUCUGAUUCGAGCUCAUGUAAAUGUUGCCGUGCAAUCUUCAGGAUUAUAGGCUCAACCCCAGCCUUUAUCAUCGAUAAAUGCUCGCUAGGCAUUUCUCGGUCGUCUCCGGCUAACAUUCGCAUGAAGAACCGGAUCACUUGGCCUUAAAGAACCUUUUGUUCUCCGGUAAAGAAGAAACAAACAUUUUAUGGUCAGAAAUCCUGCAGCUGUUGUCGGUCAAACUGGUCGCGGCGGGGACGAGCCAAAUGUUUCUCCGGGGACCGCACAAGUUUUUCUGAACUGUCCCUUGAAAUAAACAUUGCGAUAAAAUAAUAGCGCAGUCGUAGCUGCAGUUUUGGAGUACCUAUUUUGAAUUCCCGUCAGAAAUAUUGUGAAAAUGUCAGAAAACGCACCUACGCGGAGUCUGGAUGACAUCGACCUGGCCGCCCUGCGGGACCCCGCAGGAAUCUUUGAGCUGGUGGAGGUCGUGGGCAACGGCACCUACGGGCAAGUGUACAAGGGUCGUCAUGUUAAGACGGGUCAGCUGGCAGCCAUAAAGGUCAUGGAUGUGACUGAGGAAGAGGAGGAGGAAAUUAAAGCUGAAAUUAACAUGCUGAAGAAGUACAGUCAUCAUAGGAACAUCGCCACCUACUAUGGAGCCUUCGUGAAGAAAAGUCCACCCGGACACGACGACCAGCUCUGGUUGGUCAUGGAGUUUUGUGGCGCCGGCUCAGUAACAGACUUGGUGAAGAACACAAAGGGCAACUCUCUGAAAGAAGACUGGAUUGCUUACAUCUGCAGAGAAAUACUGAGAGGUCUGUCUCACCUCCAUGCUCAUAAAGUCAUCCAUAGAGACAUCAAGGGACAGAAUGUACUCCUUACAGAGAAUGCAGAGGUUAAACUCGUGGACUUUGGGGUGAGCGCACAGCUGGAUCGUACAGUCGGCAGAAGAAACACUUUUAUUGGCACUCCAUACUGGAUGGCCCCAGAAGUCAUUGCCUGUGAUGAGAAUCCCGACUCCACCUAUGAUUACAGGAGUGAUAUCUGGUCUCUGGGAAUCACCGCUAUAGAGAUGGCUGAAGGAGCACCUCCGUUGUGUGACAUGCAUCCCAUGCGAGCUUUGUUCCUUAUCCCACGGAACCCUCCUCCUAAACUGAAGUCCAAGAAAUGGUCUAAAAAGUUUAUUGACUUUAUUGAGGGCUGUCUGGUGAAGUCAUAUCCAAGUCGUCCAUCCACAGAACAGCUACUGAAGCACUCGUUCAUCAGAGACCAGCCCACUGAGAGACAAGUCCGCAUCCAGCUCAAAGAUCACAUCGACCGCACACGCAAGAAGCGUGGCGAAAAAGAGGAGACCGAAUAUGAGUACAGCGGUAGUGAUGAAGAGGAUGAGAACCGAGGAGAUGAGAGAGAAUCCAGCUCUAUUUUGAAUGUUCCUGGUGAGUCGACGUUGCGUAGGGAUUUCCUGCGGCUGCAGCAGGAGAAUAAGGAGCGCUCGGAGGCCUUAAAGCGACAGCAGGCGCAGCUCGCCGCUCAGCGCAGAGACCCUGAGGAGCACAAACGCCAGCUGCUGCACGACCGACAGAAACGAAUAGAGGAGCAGAAAGAACAGAGGCGUCGCUUGGAGGAGCAACAGAGGAAGGAGAGAGAGAUGGUGCGGCAGCAACAGGAUAAAGCUCCUCACCGGAGACUCGAUGACAUGAGACGAGAGGAGGACAGGAGGAUGGCAGAGAGAGAGCAGGAGUUUAUAAGACAUAAGUUGGAGGAAGAGCAGCGGCAGUUAGAGAUACUGCAGCAGCAAUUACUGCAGGAGCAGGCAUUGCUAAUGGAGUAUAAGCGUAAACAGCUGGAGGAGCAGAGACAGUCAGAGAGACUUCAGAGACAGCUGCAGCAGGAGCACGCAUACCUCGUCUCACUGCAGCAGCAGCAGCAACAACAAGACAAGAAACCACAGAUGUACCACUACAGCAAGAACCUAGAAAACAACAAACCGGCUUGGGCUCGAGAGGUUGAGGAACGCAGUAAACUGAACAGACAAGGCUCUCCCAAAAUCUGCACUACGGUCUCUGACACAAAUAUCCAGUCCCGUUCAGAAUCAAUCAGCCAAUCAGGAGCUGCACAGACCCCACCUAUGCAGAGACCUGUGGAACCACAGGGUGGGCAGGGAAAGUUCCAGAUGGCCCACCUGGUGCCGUUAAAACCGUACGCCGCCCCUGUCCCUCGCUCUCAGUCUCUUUGCGAUCAGCCCACUAAGACCAUGUCCGCCUUCCCCACCCAGGAUCCCUCUCCCACACCUACACCUCGUCCUCUACACUCCAGAGAACUAGUCCGUCAAAACUCUGACCCCACCUCAGAAACCCCUGCCCCUCAGUCUCGGCCAAUGAGAGACGACAGGGGACCCUGGAUCCGUCUUCCUGAGAUUGAGCAACCUCCUAAAAUUCCUCAGCGAACAGCCUCCAUAGCCACUGCACUGAAUACAAAUCUCUCCUCCGGUAUCAGACACCCAGUUCGAGCAAGUAAUCCUGAUCUGAGUCGCAAUGAGCGCUGGGAGAGAGGAGAUAGCAUGAGCAUCAUGUCCAACCUACCACAGACCGGCUCUCUGGAGAGACACCGCAUACUCAGCUCAUCGAAGAUGGAUUCCUCCCCCACCCUUUCUCACGACGGCCGUCACAAACCAGGAGAAUCCCGAACCUCAUCCAGACCCAGCAGACCAGCGAGCUAUAAAAGAGCAAUAGGAGAGGACCACGGUCUGUACUCUAAGGAGCGGGCAGAGGAGCAGCCGCGGCCCCCGGUGAAGGCUAAUGACUACUCCUCUUCCUCAGAAAGCAGUGAGAGCAGUGAAGAGAGUGAGAGUGGAGAGGGAGCAGAAGAGGAAAGCCCUACUGACCGCCCACGUGAUGCAGAUUCAGACUCUGUGAACACUAUGGUGGUCCAUGAGGAGGAAGAAGGUGAAGGAGGAGAUGAAGAACGUGCAGGAGGAUAUGGAGACCAAACCAUGCUUGUGCAGAGGACUCCAGAGAAGCGUAGUCAUAAUGGAUACACCAACCUGCCUGAUGUGGUUCAGCCGUCCCACUCUCCCACAGACUCUGCCUCCCACUCUUCCCCUGGGAAAGACUCUGCCUAUGAUUAUCAGUCCAGGGGAUUGGUGAAGGCCUCUGGAAAGUCCUCUUUUACCACCUUUGUGGACCUUGGAAUGUACCAACCAUCAGGGGGCCAAGGAGAUAACAUGUCCGUUGGAGGUCUGGGCUCUCGUUUUGAGCAGCUGAAGCUGGAGGUUAGGAAAGGCUCCAUGGUCAAUGUCAAUCCCACCAACACUCGUCCAGUUAGUGACACUCCUGAAAUCCGAAAAUACAAGAAGAGAUUCAACUCUGAGAUCCUCUGUGCUGCUCUCUGGGGUGUGAAUCUACUGGUAGGGACAGAGAACGGUCUGAAGCUGCUGGAUCGAAGCGGCCAGGGGAAAGUUUAUCCACUGAUCAACUCACGCAGGUUUCAGCAGAUGGACGUUCUGGAGGGACUGAACCUCCUCAUAACUAUAUCAGGCAAGAAGAAUAAAGUGCGUGUGUAUUAUCUGGCCUGGCUGAGGAAUAAAAUCCUCCAUAAUGACCCAGAGGUGGAGAAGAAACAGGGCUGGACCACUGUAGGAGAAAUGGAGGGCUGUGUGCACUACAAAGUUGUGAAAUAUGAAAGGAUUAAGUUUCUGGUUAUCGCUCUGAAGAAUGCGGUGGAGGUUUACGCCUGGGCUCCUAAACCUUACCACAAAUUCAUGGCCUUCAAGUCAUUUGGAGAUCUGCCACAUAGGCCUCUGUUGGUUGACCUCACAGUGGAAGAGGGUCAGAGGUUAAAGGUCAUCUAUGGAUCAAGUGCUGGCUUUCAUGCUAUUGAUGUUGACUCUGGAAACAACUAUGACAUCUACAUUCCUGUACAUAUCCAGUCACAGGUGACUCCUCACGCCAUCGUAUUCCUGCCCAAUUCAGAUGGGAUGGAGAUGCUGUUGUGUUAUGAGGAUGAGGGUGUUUACGUCAACACGUACGGACGUAUCAUUAAAGAUGUGGUGCUGCAGUGGGGAGAAAUGCCCACAUCUGUGGCCCACAUCUGCUCUAAUCAGAUUAUGGGCUGGGGAGAGAAAGCCAUUGAGAUCCGUUCUGUUGAGACGGGACACCUGGAUGGAGUCUUCAUGCACAAGAGAGCUCAGAGGCUUAAGUUCCUGUGCGAAAGAAACGACAAGGUGUUUUUUGCGUCAGUGCGCUCUGGUGGCAGCAGUCAAGUCUACUUUAUGACCCUCAACAGAAACUGCAUUAUGAACUGGUGAAAGAGCUGCCACAUGAACAUAAAUUCUGCUGUGUGCACACUUACAUACACUGAAGAGAUAGUCCUCACACACAAUCCACAAACAAAAUCCACAUACACUCUCACACUUUGUAAAUACACACACAGACACUCCUGCACAAACUUCCAGAUAGAACCUACACACAGUUAUUUACUUCACAUCUUCCUGAAGACACUCCUUCACCAUUCUCCUGUGAUCUCUGAGCCAACUGUACAAGGCGUGCGUGUGUCUGCCGUGAGCGCGCUGCUGACCUCCGACAGAGCGAUGUUGUGUUCAUCUGAUUCCACAUGGGUUAGCUUUCAGCUCACCGGGGCCAACGUUCCUCACCGCUAACAUUUCUGACCUUUUUAGGACCAGACAAAAAGACUAAUUGUACAUUAUUCUACUAGAAAUGUGUGUAAACUAUGAGAAUUGUGACGCGACGGCGUGCGUUUGAGAGACUUUAUAAGCUACUUUCGAGCAGCAGAAACAACUUGAAACUGCAGUGGUGCGAGGUGGUACUGCAACAUCUGUAAUUUUCCAUUUCCACUGUAUAGUGUAGUAGUCGUUCGUUCUUGGUUGCAUUCAGAGUUUCAGAUAAAAGUGAUAUAAUGUUUUCUUUCAACAAGUAGAAGUUUAGAAACUGAUUUCAAAUAUGAGUUUUAACAUUCUGAGACGGCUUCCCUUCCGAGCGAGGAGGUUUUCGCUUACUUGAUGUAUAAAUAAUAAUCUGCCGCCUGUCACCAAACUGUUUGUUCGAUGGAAACGGUGGUGGCCGCUUGCAGAGCAGAAUCCAGCGUUUUGCUUUUCCACUAGUCAGCUGGUGAGACCAAGUCACCCACAAUGGAACAACAGUCUCUGGUUCGCUUUUCAAAGCACUUUUUUUUCUUUCUAUGUGGGAAGUAUCAUCAUAUCUACUACAGUUUGAUAUUCUCUGUACGUAAACGUAUUUGGUAUUACUCCUACUUUUAUUAUCUGCUGUUCUAUAGCUGUUCUAUUGCAAUACGUGCUGUGUGCUCGUUCUCGUUCGAAGUUUUACAAGGAAGUUUCUCUGAUUUUAGACUGGAAGGUUACUCCGGAUAUGACUGAAACGCUUUUUGGCAGCAUAAACGUAUAGUUCGGUUGUCACCAUGUAAAUUGUACAUAGCAGCCAUGAUCGUAUUUUAGAUCUCACUUGUAUUCAGUAGGCACAUGGUUUUUUAGGAGUUCAAUCACUACUGCUUUUAUAACCAAGUUAUGUGUUUGUGCUGUCAAAAUUGCUUGAUUGCCUAUAGGAGGUGUAGUUUUACAGCCAGGCUUGUAGUUCAUCAGGGAAGUGUGCAUUUGAUCAAACUUUUUCGUUGAUAUUUGGACCCCACCGUUUUUAGCAACACAAACGUCAUGUUUUAGACAAAGGGUGGACUGGAGCAAGAAUAUUCUUUUGUGCAAACGACCUGCGUGUGUAUGUGUGCGAGUGGGAAAUAUUAAUCGGUAACGUACAGUAGGAUCAGUAUAAAGCAAUAGUUAAGGAUUAUUGACGGGUUUGUGCCUGGCGUUACGGUCUCCAGCUCUGCAAUACUAAACCAGAGAUUUUUCUCAAGCUUUUCACUCAUUUCCAUCCAGAUGAUCUACAUUUGCAGCAGUAUUCACCUAAAAAUACCUUUUCAAUCUAGUCUUUUCUCUUUCCCUAUUUGAUGGCCUUUACAAAAUCGUUUGUGAACACUAAUCAGAACACAAUGUUUGACGCACUUUGUCCCUAAAAGAUUUUCUAGUUUUAACACUAUAGCACUGAUUUGUACAGUAGCUUGUGGCGGUACAAUCAUCCGCUGUUACCUAAUAGCCCCUCCCACUGGACAUAUUGGCUGCUGUCGCACAGUCUAGACGAGCACUAAACACCGAUGACACAUUCAGUAAGUCAUUAUUAAAAUAUGGCGGCGCAACACUUCAGACAAAUAAUUAUAAAUGGUUGCGUUCCAGAAAGAGGCGGGAGCCGAGUUUGAUUUUUCACCAUCGAACCUGAACGUUACCGUGCCAUUAUGACUUCGUUCGUGCCCCUCAUCCUUACUUUCUAUCUCUUGCUAUAGAACUUAAGCAUUUUCUUGCUUAGUAAAUCAAACUGCCAUGUUUACUGAAAUAACAGUGCCUUGGAUUGGGGUUGGGUGUAUUUGCUUGAUGUGUGCAUGUGUGUGUGGGAGAGCGUCGAGCAUGUGAUUGUUUUAAUAAGAACUGAAGUUCAGGGAAGAGAACAGUCCAGUGCGCAGUUUAGGGUUUCUCGUGCCAACAAAGUGCACUUAAACUGACAAUAGCCAGAGCACCAAGACAGGCUCCUCUCACUCUGUUUUAGCACAAAAGCCAUGCCAUAAAGAGUUCAGUCCUCCGGUCUGAAGGCAGUGCAGUGUUUAGAUGUUUAUUUACCACCAUAUUACAGUCCCAACGCCCUACGGUUACACGACGAGCUCUUUGUUCUGUAGUGCGUGAUGCUUGUAGCUCGUGUAUCAGUGGCUGUAUCGUUUUGCCAAACAGGGAAAGCCUCUGGUUUUCAUGCCGGAGGUUCACAAAAGGUUCGGGUUGUCAUGGUGAGGAGCUGCUCGCAUGCGUGUGAUGUAACAGUCCCCAGCAUUCCCAAGAGCUCUUGGAAUUUGGUGAGAUUUUGCCUUUAUGCUUAAUAGUAAAUGUGUAUAACGGCGAAUGAGAAAGAGAGAAUUUAUGUUUUUAUAGCAGAAUUAUGAAGAACAAAAUUAAACAGAGGAAAUAUGCUUUAUAAAUUAGAUAAAGAGUUUAUAUUAAGAUUGCCAUGGCUUGUCAGGAUGAUAAAAAUGAAUGGAGGAAAUAUAUAUACAUAUAUAUAUAUAUAAUCCCUGAUUUUUUUUUUUUUUUACCUAGAUGUGAGUUUAUAUAAAAAGAGUUAUCAAUAGAGCUAAAUAAAUGAAUGCAUUGACAGCAUUUUUCUGGCUUAAGAAUGAUCAUUUGAGCACAAAGCUGUACAUACGGCUGUACGUUCAGUUAGAUUCGUCUCUCUCCCCUCUUUUUCCCAGCGAGUGUUAUAAAAGCGAGCGUGUGGGUGUGCGACUGUGCAUGUGUGAAUAGGAGAGCUAUUUUUGAUCCGCGUGUGUGCUGUUCAUUAUUCCCUCAGAGGAAAAAGAGUGGGGUGGGGGGAGAGAAGACGAGACCAGUCGACAGCGUUCGAGGACCAGUAUGGUCAAACGUACACACAUCAUCACUGGACUCAAGCCACAGAUGCGACAUGUUUGUGACCAAUUGAGCGUUUAGUCUUUCUAUAGCAGUUGACCACAGUCCUGGUCUCAUAUAAAAGCUUGUAUAUCUAAUCCUGUGUGUCAUGGGUUGUUUUGAAGGUACACGCGUUGUUGGCUUUAUUUCGGACGUUAUUGAAUGUAAUCAGUUUGUUUAACUAAUUCUGGUCUAUUAAACUGAUUUGUUGGAUUGAAGGCUUGUGUUAGUUUUCAUGGUUUGGGUGCACAUGUAAAGAUGAUGUUUUACACUCCAUCCCCCCAGAAGUGUUUAUCAUUACUCUUUUGUAUCCAACGAGAUACCAGUCGGUCUUUAAAAAGCUAGACUAAGUCACGUGUAGCGGUCUUCGAAAGAUGCGGAGCUGUCUGGUUUUCGUUUUUAAGGCCUUUACUGCUGUGUUUGAGGUAUUUAUCUACUCUACAUGCUAUUAGCACUAUGCUAACAAGUGGCAUUUCUCUCGUCGUUCUCUAGUAAUACGAAGUUAAUCCCUUAGCUGAUAUUUUUUUGUAAAAUAUUUACUACUCCAAAGAAAAAAAAAGUUCAUGAUUUGUAGUUCCUUUAUGUUGUGCUUUUGGUUCAAUCUCAUAGCAGUAGCCAGGAGAGGUUAAAAAGGUUGUGUUUGGAGGUCUUGAUAAAGUUGAUCCUCUGUGAUGGGUUGAUUAUCAUUUUCAUUUACUUUUUAGAAGUUUUUAUGUUUCAGGAAGAAAAAAAAUGUAGAUGUUUCGGACAUAUUUUUAGUGUUUCUGUUUAGGAGGGGGAAUGCUUCAGAUGAUUUUAAGUCUUAAAGAUUGAAUGCAUUCACAAGUCUGUAAUGUCUCAAAACAGCAUUAUUUGAAAAUUAAAAAUAACUUGAUCUCUGUUAA